GCUAGGGAGCUAUCCAGCGUUUCAGCAUCAGAGCUUUUUGCUUGGGAUGCUCAGCUUGCUGCUGAGUCUCCAGAGCAGAGUGCCUGCAGAAGGAUGCACAAAAGAACAACAGAACCUCAGCUAACAAGGCAAUCCUGAAAACAGGAGUGUUAGAGGUGUCAUAGCAAGAACUAUUACCAAGAACUAUAUUACCAGUGUAAGUAAAUCAAGAAGGAAAAGCUUUAAAAUAGAAAUGACAUGAAGACCAAUUCAUCCUCAGCAUUUGCAAGAAUGGGGUAUCUGAAGUAAAUCUCUGAGGCUCAAGGAAUUUCACAUGGAUGUAUCUCAUCUUUGAUCUUUUUUAAAAAAAGCUUUUCACUUUCCAUGUUCACCUAAAUUAAACAUUCAUCAGAGAAGAUUGGUCUUGGUAACUUUGGAAAAUGGAUAAUUUUUCUUCUCAGUCUGAACCCAAUGUUUCCUGCCCUGAGGUAGAUGUUGGUUGCUACAGCACAGGACAUCAGUGGCAGAAUAUGUCAACUCCACAGCUGAUUCCUAAGUUCUACAUUGUUGUGCCCAUCAUUUACUCUGUGAUAUGUGCUGUGGGACUCACAGGCAACUCUGCUGUCAUUUAUGUGAUCCUAAAAGCUCCCAAAAUGAAGACAGUGACCAACAUUUUCAUCCUAAAUCUGGCCAUUGCUGAUGAACUCUUUACUUUGGUUCUUCCCAUCAACAUAGCGGACUACCUGCUCCUUCAGUGGCCUUUUGGUGAAUUCAUGUGCAAACUGAUUAUCUCCAUUGACCAAUACAACACAUUUUCAAGCAUUUACUUUCUUACUGUCAUGAGUAUUGAUCGAUAUCUGGUGGUGGUUGCCACUAUCAAGUCAAGGAAAAUGUCUUAUCGCACCUACAGGGCUGCCAAGCUGGUGAGUGUGUGUGUGUGGUUUUUUGUCACAAUAAUGAUCUUGCCCUUCAGUAUCUUUGCUAAGAUACAUAUUGAAGAAGGGAGGUCCCAGUGUGUGUUUGUCUUUCCCAAUCCAGAGGGCUUCUGGUGGAAAGUAAGCCGGCUCUACACCCUGAUUGUGGGUUUCACAAUCCCUGUGUCCACCAUUUGCAUCCUGUACAGCACUAUGCUUUACAAACUAAGGCACAUGCACCUCCACAGCAAUGCUAAAGCCUUGGACAAAGCAAAGAAGAAAGUGACUGUCAUGGUGCUGAUAAUCCUGGCUGUGUGCCUGUUUUGUUGGACCCCCUAUCACCUCAGCACUGUUGUGGCCCUCACCACAGACAUCCCACAAACCCCUCUGAUCAUUGGGAUCUCAUAUUUCAUCACCACACUGAGUUAUGCUAACAGUUGCCUCAACCCAUUCCUUUAUGCUUUUUUAGAUGAUACUUUCAGAAAGAGUUUCCGCAAGUUGAUUGAAUGUGGGACUUCCUCAUAAAAUUCCAAUUUCCUUUACAAUCACACUUCAAGUCCCUUUAAAAUAGAGUGUUUCAUUUCAAGAAGCAUUGUGAAGCACAGCUGGAAGGGGACCACUUGGACCACAUAACAAGUUUUAACUUUUUGUAAGCUCAAGAGACAAGAACUGUUUUUUAAUGAGCAAUUGAUGUAUUUAGACUGGAUGCUGAAGCACGCUGAAUCAUCCUUGUGCAUCCUUUAGGGCAUUUCUUCUACUACACCUCUUCAUUAUAGAUUGUGAUCUCCACACCCCUCCCCACAUCCCGCAUCUGUAUGAUAUGCAACAUACUUCUUUGGAAUGUAAAACAAGAAUUUUUUAAAAUAACAAUUCAUGGAAUAAAUAAAAACAAUGACUCAUAGAAUGGUAGUAAUGCAAAGAGUCCUCUGAUACUGCUAAAUUUUUGUAAAACCAAAUAAAGCUCU